AGGAAAACAUGGUGGAGGAAUCAGCGCCCGGAGCUGGCAGAAGGAUGAGCAGGUGGCUUCUCCUCAUUCUGGCCCUGGCUGAUUUCCGGCCCACCCAUGCCGGAGACCCUACCUGCACGGGAGCCUGUGGAAGACGUCCGCUGGCAGUCAGUCAGUACUUGAGGAAGGCCAUGAGUGGCACUGACGUCCUGCCAGGAACAUGGCCCUGGCAAGUCAGCUUCCAGUACCCAAACCAAGCUGGGCACUGGGUCCAUUUCUGUGGAGGUUCGCUCAUCAGCUCUCGCUGGGUCCUCAGUGCAGCCCACUGCUUGAAGAUCAAGAUAUUGAGAAAAGUCUUUAAGGUGGUGGUUGGCAUCACCAAGCUCUCACAGCCUGGUCCCGAUGCCCAGCAGCGCUGGAUAAAGAGGGUGGUGGACUACACACUCUAUGAGGACGACGAGUCGCUUCGCUACGGCCUCUCUGUGGUGGAGCUGAUGGAGCCGGUCCGCUGCAGUGACUACGUCCAGCCGGCCUGUUUGCCUGACGACAGCGUGGUACUUUCGAUGCUCACUCAUUGCUAUAUCAGUGGCUGGGGCGACAUGGAGCAUAAAAUAUCUGGCAUCCUGCAAGAAUCAAAGAUGAAACUCCUUUCCCUACAAACCUGCGGCAGCAAGAGCUGGUGGAAGCGGAAGGUGGCCGAUGAGAUCCUGUGUGCUGGAUACGAGGAAGAAGGAGGCAACAGCCCCUGUGAGACUGACAUUGGUGCCCCGCUCAUGUGCCGGGAAGCAAGGUCUGAGCGCUACUGGGUGAUUGGCGUUGCCAGCUUGGGGGUGCCCAUCUGCGGCCAGGCGAAGCGGCCGGGCAUCUACAUCUCCACGCAGCACUACCUCCACUGGAUUGAAAGGACCACCCGGGAGAGGCUCUCUGCGCCCAGCCGCCAACCACUCCUGGCACAGAGCCAGGCAUCAGAUGCAACCACACCCAGCACAAAGCAGAACCGUAGGGCUUUGCCCAUGGCCACUGGCAGGCCUUGGCCCAGGCCCGCAAGACGGCUCACAGCUCCCUGCACCAGUCCCACCCAGCAGGGUCCUACACCACCAUCUGGGCGGCUGAGACACACAAGGUGGCACCCCAAGAAGGGAAGGCCCCCAGGCCAGGCCAGGCCUAGUGCCAAGCCAAACCAGGGGGCAGCACCUCCAGGCUAUGGGGAUUUUUACAGCUGGGAUCAGGGGUACAUUAAACCCAGGCCUCAAGCUCAGCCACCAGUUCUGCUACCCGGGCAGCUGCCGCCAGGAAACAUGGAAGAAGCAGCAGCACCCGGAGCCGGCAGAAGGAUGGGGUGGUGGCUCCUCCCUGUUCUGGCCCUCGCUACUUUCCGCCCCACCCAUGCCGAGGAAACCACCUGCGACGGAGUCUGCGGAAGGCGUCCCAUGGCGGGCACCCAUACCCUCCUCCGGAUUGUGGGCGGCAGCAACGUUCUCCCUGGAACGUGGCCCUGGAUGGUCAGCUUCCAAGUCAUUACACGGAAAGGAUAUGUCAGUUUCUGUGGAGGCUCCCUGAUCAGCCCUCGAUGGGUCCUCAGUGCAGCCCACUGCUUUCAGAAACCAAAGGACAUACCAUGGAUAAGACUGUCCAUUGGUGCCAACCGCAUCUCCAGCCCCGGCCCCGAUGCCCAGAGGCGCUCGAUCAAGAGGCUGGUGAACCACAAGCUCUACAGGCGUGAUUCUGGCAACAAAAUACACAACGACAUUUCCUUGGUGGAGCUGAACGAGCCAGUCAACUGCACGGACUACAUUCAGCCAGCCUGUUUGCCGGAUGACAGCGUGGUGGUUUCCUUGCUCAAGCACUGCUAUGUCAGCGGUUUUGGAACCAUGGACCCGAAAACGGGGGAAAAGCCCGAUAUCAUGCUGGAAGGUUCUGUUGACAUCAUCCCCACGGCGACUUGCAGCAGCCCGGUCUGGUGGUCCAAGCUGAUCCUCGAGGAGAACAUCUGUGCUGGACGCUUGGAAGGAGGCGUAGCUACAUGCAAGGGAGACAGCGGUGGCCCCCUCAUGUGCCGGGAACAGAGGUCCGAACGCUACUGGUUGGUUGGGAUCACCAGCUGGGGACCGUCCUUCUGCGGCCAGGAAAAGAGGCCGGGGGUCUACACCUCCACACAGUUCUACCUCGACUGGAUCAGGAAGACGACCAAGGAGGACUUUUCCCUACCCAGCCACACACCGCUAAUGGCAGAGCAACAGGCUACGCCACGGCCGCACCCACCUCCAAGGCCACAGCCCCAACCAGGACAAAAUGGGAAUUUGCUAUAUCCCAGGCCCCCUCCAACAGCCUGGUACACAAACAGGCCUUGGCCACCCUCCAAGACCCGCCCUCAGCGUCGUCCUGUGCUCUGGUAUACGAACAGACCCAACUCCCGCCGUACACGGUAUAGGCAGCCGGUAAGGUGGCGUCUGAGGACAAGGGCCCCAGCUUUGCAGGCACAGAUUUACAGGCCAUGGGUCAUGAUUCACACACCCCCACCAUGGAUUGAGUUCCAGGCGCAGGAGCCACCCGGGAGCCAAGUUUCUUACAAUGGAAAUGGUCCCUAGCUCAGCCACUGGAAGAGUAGCAGUCGAGGGCUGAUAAGGACUGCUAGGCUUGGGUGGCAAUGCCGAGGUGCCCAUGGGCAUGGUGGGUGGGCUGCCCCUGCCAGAUCUCAGAGCCCACAACCCGUCCUUUGCUGGUCCUGGCUUGAAUAUGAAGUUGCUCCAAAUGAGGACUUAAUGCUGCAAACAGCUUGUUGGUGACACUUUUUAACAAAAUCAAAAUAUCAAAGUUCUCAAAAUGAAUAAAACCAUGAAUGAAUGGAUAAA